ACCUCACGCACGCCAUCCCUUCGCUUUCCCGACAAUUCCACCCAACCCAAAAUAUUACAUUUAUUCACCAUAAUUAAAGAAUUUCUCUUCCGACCCGUCAAACUCGUCAUUGAACCAGCAAUUUCCCCAUAAUGGCUUCUCUCACCUCCAAGCGGAAGUCUCACGAUGACGACGCGUACUCCGUCGACGAAGCUAGAACACCUACAGGCAGUCCUCCGAAAAAGAGGCUCAGGAUAACCCGAAGCCAAAAACAAGCGCUUAUUGAUAACUUACAGCUAGAGGUCACCGAGCGGGCUCGUAAACUUCGCGCGCAAUAUGCGCUCCAAGCAAAUGAUCUCCGGGCCCGGAUUGAAAGACGCAUUAACCGGAUUCCCAUCGCCCUCCGAAAGGCGAACAUGGGCGAACUGUUGGAAAAGCACAAUGCCGCCCUCCGGGCGCAACACGAGAGCACCUCCCCGAGGAAAUUCAUAAGCCCGAUUAAAGGGACACGCAAUUUUGCAGCUAUUUCUGUUAAUCCUGCCAUGCAGAAGGCCUCUGCUGCAAGUCCGAGUCCGCGCAGGACAAAGAGACAAAGUCACGACGGUCUCUACUCCGAUAAAGAAAAUGCCCCUGCGGCAGGAGAACAGCUUGAUGUGCUCAAGAACCCGAAGAGACGCGCCAAGCCCGGCGCUGCUGCCGGAACCUCACGGGUGGUCUCCCAAGAAGUUAGAGGGGCAGACUUUAGAAUUCUUUCUCCGAAAUCAUCGAACUCUCGGACUUAUCCCCAGUCACCACUUCGAGCAUCUCCAGAGAAGCCACAGAACUCAUCUUACCUCUCGCGGCAUAUGCCAUCGCUGAAGCCUUCUAGUCCGCUUAAGGCCGCUCCAACCAGCUUGGCUGGGUCCCUGGAAAGUGCGCGUCUUCGUUCUACAAAAGGCACGCCAACCACAGCAACAGUGAGCAGACCGGCUUCGCAAGCUUCCAAGAGACCAGCAAGCAGGGCUACUACAGUAUCCAAGACGACGACACGCUCACCCUUACCACGACCUGCUACCCGCCAGCUUGAACGCAGAGGCAGCGUCUCGUCUUCCACUUCAUCCGGCACAACCGUCACUAAGCCGACGAGGACGGGUGCCAACGCGAGGAAGGUGACAGCCGCAUCAACUGCAAGUUCCACAGCUAGGAAGACCGUCGCGAAGAGCCAAACAUCCACGACUGCCAAACGCAGCACCGCGUCGGCUACCAGGAAGACUACCGCCCCCGUAGGAGGUGAAGCUACAACAACGGGACGAAGGGUCCUGCGCAAACGCGCUUAAAGCUCUAUAUUCUUCCUG